ACCGCCCAAAUGCGAUAUCCGCCACUCUGAUUGGAGGAGCGGAUUAUCAAUCAUCAGUUGAUAGGGAAGCUGUACAUGGCCUGGCCGCUACUGUCAACACUCACGACUGUACUAGCUACAUUCAAGCCGGAUUUACAACCCACACAGGGUUCUUCUGCUGCUUCGGAUGUCCAAGUACAAACUAUUUCUGCUGAGGCAUGGGGAGGGGGCCUGGAACAAAGAGAACCGUUUCUGCAGCUGGGUGGACCAGAAGCUGAGCGAGGAUGGGGUGAAGGAGGCCCAGGACUGUGGCCGACUCCUGAAAGAGCAGGGCUACAAGUUCGACUUAGUAUUCACCUCCAUACUCAGCCGCUCCAUCCAGACAGCAUGGCUGGUGCUGGAGGCGAUGGGUCAGGAGUGGGUCCCUGUUGUCAAGUCGUGGAGACUGAACGAGCGCCACUAUGGCUCCCUGAUUGGCUUGAACCGAGCAGAGAUGGCUCAACAACACGGCGAGGAGAAGGUGAAGCUAUGGAGAAGGAGCUACGCCAUCACUCCACCUCCGAUUGAUGAAUCCCAUCCUUACUUCCUGGAAAUCUACAAUGAUCGCAGGUACACCACAUGUGAUGUGCCAAUCAAAGACCUCCCCCGAGCAGAGAGCCUGAAGGAGGUGUUGGACAGGCUGCUGCCAUACUGGGACAGCACCGUGGUGCCAGAGAUAAGGAGCGGCAGGACUGUGCUCAUUUCUGCUCAUGGAAACAGCUGCAGAGCUCUGCUGAAACAUCUGGAAGGUAUAUCGGAUGAGGAUAUUGCCAGCGUUACUUUACCUACAGGGAUACCUGUGCUGCUUGAGUUGGAUGAAAACCUCAAGCCGGUGAAACCCCGGCAGCUCUUGGGAGACCAGGCGAAGAUUCAGGCAGCAAUUAAAAAGGUGGAGGACCAGGGAAAAGCCAAACCAUCAACUUGAAUGCACUAAACUGGCUGUAAGACUUAACAUAGCUCCGUUCUGGUUGCCUGUUUGCACUUUUAUCAGGUACAGUGAAAACUCUUGAAAAGACUCCAAUAACUCAAUAUUUAACAUCUGACAAUAACAACAGUACAUUGUUGUUUUAAUGGAUAGGUGUAAGUCUUAUAGGGAAGUGGCUGUAUGUGUAAUAAGGGCCUGGCGUGGAUCCAGAGUGUGUGUGUCACAGGUAAGACUGAUCAGACAAGUGCAGGAUAAAGUUAGAGAUGUACUGUAAAUCUGUAAACACUGUGUUGACUUUAGUUAUGUGUAUGCACUGAGGAAAUGUUUGAUACGUAUGUGAUUUUUAAGCUACUUGUCCCUACUUGUGCCAGCAUGGUGAUGCUAAAGUUAUUUAUAUAUUUAAUCACUGACUCUACCUUGCAGAUUGAUAGUUACGCAAUGGGGCUAAAAACUCAAUCUACAGAAAGUAAGAACUCCUUGACUGAAGAUUAUUUUCUGUUACACGGACUAGCUUUAGGAAUAUGUGCCUUCUGUAUUAAUGUAGUGCUCAAAUUCAGCUACUUUUCAAAAGCUUCUUUUAACUAGAGCAUCAGACAGGCCAUAUGGUGGUUUUAUUUAAGAAUAAAAGCACUCUGUUAACAAAUCUUACCUCAUAGAAAUUGAUAGCCAGGCUGUUCAUUCCAAGAACGGGGAUACUUGUGAGCCACAUAAAUGCUGUUAAUUAGCAAAACCACUGAAAUAUUCUACUGUCCCACACUUACAUGUCCUUUUAAAUGACUUACUCAGUAAAAAUUAGACAGCUGAAGUUGUUUUUCUGUGAGGUUUUACAGUUAAUUAACUAGGUUGAGUCUAACACACUGUGGUCAACAACCAUGGCUAUUUGGUAUGAUAACUGGCUUAUGCUUUGCACUUUAUGAGGAUUGUUUAUUAUUAUUAUUCUGUUCUUGAUUUAAUGCGAAAACUGUGAGUCAAAAAAACAUUGGUUUUGGACAAACAAAUUUAACUGUAAAAUACAAGCACUGUUUCGAUUUUAAUUUUCAAUUCUAAAUUAUUAACGAACAUGUGCAAUUUGUUGUUGCUUUUGUGAUGUUAAUUACAUGAGAGAAAAUGUUACACGCUACUAUUGAGUUGGCACAGUAUGUGUCAUAGCUGCACUAUCUUACAGGUCAUCCUUUGUUACUACUGUGUGUGGCGACGUCAUUGUACUGUAUGUUGUAUUGUGUCUCUUGUUUGAUGUAUCACACUUUGCAUAAUUUUGUGUUUUUCCAGAUAGUUGUGUUUCUCUGACACUGUCCCCUCUUCUCAUUUCUCAAUGUGAACGUCUUCGCCCCCUUUCCUUACCUCCUAUGCUUGCGUCUGAGUCCCUUCCAUAUGAGAUGCAAGCAGAGGAGGCGAGGAACAGACGCGAGGGGUCGAGGCGUUAAACAAUUGAAAUGUCCAUGCCUUAUUUUUUUUUUAUUUCGCUUUUUAUUUAAAUAUGACGUGUGGCCCAGCAGCAUAAUCUGCUGUGUUUUGUUAUUUCUGUCAGAUGAGCAUAAUAGUGCUCAUGACAAUUGGUAUAUUAACUUUUGAUUUUUUGCACAAUGUGGCAUAAUCCAGCAUAAAAAAUAUCAAGGUGAUAUGCUACUACAAUGGCUUGUAUAUGCCAGCUGUGUCACUUUUAUGCACCUUUUGUGCAUCUUCGCUCAAAGUUCCUCUGGAAAGCCUCCCCUGCCCUAAAGCUGUAUUUUAGGAACUGAGUCAACUCUCGAUGUAAUGUGCUAAGAUCAAUUUUUGGGUCAGAAAUGAACGAAAUAGAGAAAUGAGAAGAGCCCAGUUACUUUGUACACUGGUCUGUUGUGUCAGAAUUGAAAUAGACAAGUAAUGAUCAUGCAUUUGUGGAAAACACUGGUUUAUUUUAAAUUUCAUGUAAGAUGAUUUAAUGUCUUCCCUGCUGUUCACACCUUACCAUAUGAGAGUCUGCACGAUGAAAUAAAAGGGAAUUUAAAUUUUCCAUA